AUGUCCCGGCUGGGCUCGUGGCUAGGUGAGGUUCAGUGGCUCAUCCUGGUGUUGCUCUUCGUCGCGGCCCUGGGCACGGUGGGCCUGUACCUGGCGCAAUGGGCGCUGGCCAGGGCGCGACCCCGGCCCCAACGGCGGACAGAGGAACCUGGCGAGGGGCAGCGCCCCGAAACGGACGCCCUGCUGACCUGGAUCCUGACGCUAAACAGCUGGCGGAGCCAGUGGCAAGCGGCCUGGGUGAUGGCUCUGAACGAGGAGGCCAAAAAGAAAGGGGGCCCACUGCUCCUGGCCUUUGAGGAGGACCUGCUGCAGCAGCCCCUGGAGCUGGCCGUGCAACGAGUCUCGAGUGUGGCCAGGUCCAACCAGGAAAAGGUGGUGUCUUGUGAUGUGGUUGGCGAAGCCAUUCAGUUCAUCGUUGCUGUGCUGCCUGCUCCUCCUGAGGGCACGGCGCGUCAGCUCUACGAUGUCCGACUCUCCCCAGUUCACUUACAGCUAGAGCUGCACAUGCAGGAAAACAGGGAGAACAUCCAGAUCCGGUGGUCCUUCAUCAGCGUGCCGGAAAUGGCCAUUCAGAUCCGGCCCAAAGCUCUGCGGGAGGACCAGGUGGUUGAGACCAGUGCAAUAUCUGAAACUCUCAAGGAUAUCUUGAAGCUUCUGGUUAGCUCUUCUUCCCCAUCGGUGGUUCUGAGCACAAAGCCCGUGGGUGUCAAGGAAGUUCAGACUCUCCAGCACACUGCCUCCGCUCCUCAGGAAUCCUGCCCUCCCAAACCGCCAAGGGCUCAUGAGCUCAAACUGCUGGUGAGGAACAUCCGAGCCUCGCUGCUGAAUGACUGUGGUGCUCCAGGCAGCGUGAACCCAGUGUGCACAGUUCAGCUGAACGAGCCCAUGCAGAGUUUCUCCAGCUCAGCGGUGAAAAACACAUCCGACCUCACUUGGGAAAUGGAGUUGAUCUUUGAAUUAAAUGCCAAAUCAAAGGAGUUACAGCUGCAGCUUUCAGAGGAUGGGAGAUCCUUAGAAGGUCUGUUUGCAAUGACAACGAUUCCUUUGGAUUUAUUCAAGAAGCAACCUUCUGGGCCACAGAGCUUUACGCUGACCAGCGGGUCCACCAUGGGCAGCCCAGUAUUGGGCUCGGUCACCGCGGAGUUUUCUUAUGUAGAACCCAAUGAAUUGAAGCCCUGGCCAACCCCUCCCCCUGUUUCCGCUGCGAAGAUACAGAAAGACCGCACAGUGAUGCCCUGUGGGACUGUGGUCACCACGGUGACCGCCUUGAAAGCCAGGAAGCCUCGCUUCGACGUGGGGAGGGCAUCCCCGUUGAGCCCUGAGUCCUCUGUGAAAACACCUGUGAAAGUGAAGGUGAUUGAAAAGGACAUCUCGGUCCAAGCCAUCUGCCACGGCGCCCCCGUCAGUAAAACCUUCUCUUCUUCAGACACAGAAUUGUUGGUGUUGAACAGUUUGGAUCCGGUGGCAGAAGUCGCCAUCCGACAGCUCAGCGAAUCUUCAAAACUGAAACUCAAGUCACCGCGGAAGAAAAGCACCCUCAUCAUCUCGGGAAUCUCUAAGACCUCCUUAUCUCAGGACAACGAGGCCGCCCUGAUGCUGGACUAUGCAGCCUCUAUGGACAGUGGGCGUCAAGAGGAGUCCUUGUCCCAUCUGGGGGCCACCGUCACCUCCGCUUCCACCCCCGCCCCACUUGAGAAAGAUCCACCUGUCCAAGCCUCGCCUGCCCUUGAACCCCAGGAGAAUGAACUCGAGUCCUGGGACUUGGAGAAGGAGUCUGAGGCCACCGGGUGGGACUGCCACAGCUCGCUGGACCCAGAUGGGGAUGAGCUGUCGGAGAGCUCCCUGAGCGUCUCGGAGCCAGGCGCUGCCAAGAAGCACAAAGGCGGAAUUUUAAGGAAGGGCGCAAAGCUGUUCUUCCGCCGGCGGCAUCAGCAGAAAGACCCGGGCAUGAGCCAGUCCCACAAUGACCUGAUGUUUCUGCAGCAGCCGGAGGGGGCCAAGAGGAAGGGGAUGACCCUCAGCAGGAUCCUGAACAAGAAGCUGCUGUCCAGACACAGAAGCAAGAGCACCAUGAACGGCGCCCACGUGGACCCCCGUGUGUAG